AGCCCCUCCGCGCCGUAUGGGCCGGGCUUGGAGGCGGGGAUUCGCCAGGCCCGGCCCCGAGAGCGCUUCACCUGCAGUUCAGAGCGGCUGCGAGGGAGAUUCAGGAGGGGGCAGCCAAGGAGGAGGAGGAGGAAGAGGAGGAGGAGGAAGAAGAAACCGGCGAGCGAGCAAGCCAAGCAAGCGGCGAGGAAAGCACCGCGGCAGCCACCGCCAGAGAAAGGGAGCCAGGCAGGCAGGGGAAUCAGGCAGCCACACAAGCAGGACGGACAAGGGACCCAUCGCCGGGGCUGCCCCGUUUGGACCAAGGAGGAGAGAGAGCGAGCGAGGGAGGGAAGAGGGAAGGAAGGAGAGAGGCAGAGAGCCGCCCGGCGCGGAGGAAGCGGAGAUGCCCGGGCGCUCGGGGAUGCUACUUCUCUGGCUCUUUGGCUGCUGGAGCUCGGCCAGGGCACACAAUGGGGAUCUUACAGUCAGACCCACUUGCAAGCCUGGCUUCUCGGAAGACGAUUACACAGCGCUGGUUUCCCAAAACAUCAUGGAGGGGCAGAAGUUACUCAAAGUGAAAUUUAGCGGCUGCUCGGAAAGCAAGGGAAUUCGAUAUGAAACUGACAACUUGGACUUCAAGGUGAGGACCGAUGGAACUAUCUACACCACCAAGCAUGUGCAUAUCCCCUCGAAGCAAACAAUGUUUAUGGUGACGGCAUGGGACCACCAGUCCCUAGACAGAUGGGAAACAGUGGUCAGGUUACUGGUGAUAGAGAAAUCACAACACAAGGGACGCAAGCAGAAAGGAAAGAAGAACAUGUCAGCAGAUCUGCUGCAACAGCCAAGUGACACACUGUUACCGUGGCGCCAUCACCAGAAUCCUCAUGGGCUCAGGCGGCAGAAGCGAGACUGGGUUAUCCCACCGAUCAAUGUGCCAGAAAAUUCGAGAGGACCCUUCCCUCAGCAGCUGGUUAGGAUUCGUUCAGAUAAAGACAGUGAGAUCCAUAUAAGAUACAGCAUCACAGGAGUGGGAGCUGACCAACCCCCUAUGGAAGUUUUCAACAUCGACCCAGUGUCUGGGAGAAUGUACGUGACUCGCCCAAUGGAUAGAGAAGAAAGAGCAUCUUACCAUCUUCGAGCACAUGCAGUCGAUAUGAAUGGAAAUAAAGUGGAAAACCCCAUUGACCUCUACAUCUAUGUUAUUGACAUGAAUGACAACCGGCCAGAGUUCAUAAACCAAGUUUAUAAUGGAUCUGUUGACGAAGGAUCUAAACCAGGAACCUAUGUGAUGACCGUGACAGCAAAUGAUGCAGAUGACAGCACCACAGCCAAUGGGAUGGUGAGGUACCGAAUUGUGACGCAAAGCCCGCAAAGCCCAUCACAGAAUAUGUUUACCAUUAACAGUGAGACAGGAGACAUUGUGACAGUGGCUGCUGGACUUGACAGAGAGAAAGUUCAACAGUAUACAGUCAUCGUUCAGGCCACAGAUAUGGAAGGAAAUCUUAACUAUGGUCUCUCUAACACAGCGACGGCAAUCAUUAUGGUGACAGAUGUGAAUGACAACCCACCCGAAUUCACCGCCAGCACCUAUUCUGGAGAAGUCCCAGAAAACCGAGUGGAAGUAGUGGUUGCCAACUUGACAGUGAUGGAUAGAGAUCAGCCUCAUUCCCCUAACUGGAAUGCUGUGUACCGGAUUAUCAGUGGAGACCCUUCUGGACAUUUCACCAUCAGGACCGAUCCCAUUACCAACGAAGGCUUGGUAACCGUUGUGAGGGAAGUUGACUAUGAGAUGAACAGAGCUUUCAUGCUGACAGUGAUGGUAUCUAACCAAGCUCCUCUGGCCAGUGGGAUCCAAAUGUCUUUCCAGUCUACAGCUGGGGUCACCAUUUCCGUGACCGAUGUCAAUGAGGCUCCCUACUUCCCAACGAACCGCAAGCUCAUCAGGAUGGAGGAAGGAGUACCAACAGGAACAGUAUUAAUGACCUUUUCAGCAGUGGAUCCUGACCGCUUCAUGCAGCAAGCUAUAAGAUACUCCAAGCUGUCAGAUCCUGCAAACUGGCUGAACAUUAAUGCCACAAAUGGUCAGAUCACUACUGCCGCUGUCCUUGAUCGUGAGUCAGCCUACAUUAAGAACAAUGUCUACGAAGCCACGUUCCUGGCAGCUGACAAUGGUAUCCCUCCAGCCAGUGGCACUGGCACACUCCAAAUUUAUCUAAUUGACAUCAACGAUAAUGCUCCUGAGCUUCAGCCAAAGGACUCACAGAUCUGUGAAAGGCCAAACCUGAAUGUCAUCAACAUCACAGCCGCCGAUGCUGACAUUGAUCCAAAUGUUGGGCCCUUUGUCUUCGAGCUGCCAAGUGUGCCAUCUGCCAUUAGGAAGAACUGGACCAUUACCCGGCUAAAUGGUGACUAUGCUCAACUCAGUUUACGAAUAUCGUACUUGGAAGCUGGUGUGUACGAUGUCCCCAUCAUUGUGACAGAUUCAGGAAACCCUCCGCUGUUUAACAUGUCCAUCAUUAAGGUCAAGGUGUGUCCAUGUGAUGAGAAUGGAGACUGUACCACCAUUGGUGCCGUUGCUGCAGCUGGACUGGGAACCGGAGCCAUUAUUGCCAUCUUGAUAUGCAUCAUCAUCUUAUUAUCUAUGGUUUUACUGUUUGUAGUAUGGAUGAAACGCAGGGAAAAGGAGAGGCACACAAAACAGCUCCUCAUUGAUCCAGAGGAUGAUGUGCGUGACAAUAUUCUGAAAUACGAUGAGGAAGGAGGUGGAGAAGAAGACCAGGAUUAUGAUUUAAGCCAACUGCAGCAGCCAGAGAACAUGGAUCAUGUUAUGAACAAAGCAAAUGGAGUCCGACGAGUAGAUGAGCGACCUAUUGGCGCUGAGCCCCAGUAUCCUAUAAGACCUGUAAUCCCCCAUCCUGGGGACAUUGGGGAUUUUAUUAAUGAGGGCUUGAGAGCAGCAGAUAACGACCCCACAGCUCCUCCUUAUGAUUCCCUUCUUGUCUUCGACUACGAAGGAAGCGGUUCGACAGCAGGGUCCGUCAGCUCACUCAAUUCCUCGAGCUCCGGAGACCAAGACUACGACUACCUGAACGACUGGGGGCCAAGGUUCAAGAAACUGGCGGACAUGUACGGGGGCGGCGAGGAUGAUUAAACUGACCUCACAUUAUUGUUUUGCAAAAGAGGAAAGCUAUAGCAUUAGAAGAAGUUGUUGAUGAUGAUGAUGAUGAAAAAGAAGAAGAAAAGAAACCCAACAAGGAAAAGGAAAGACAAAAGGAAUGAAAAAAAGGGAGAAGAUGGAGAAGAACCAAGAACUGUACAGAAGUGGCAGCUUUUUAAAAUUAAUAUCCUCUGCUGACUGUGUUCCUUUUAGUGGUGAUUUAGAAAGUUUCUUUUUCUGUUAUUUUCUUUCUUUCCUGUUCUCUUUCUCUCUCUUUUUUUUUAAAGGAACUUCGAGCUGUCUCGCAUGAACACUCGUCUCUGCUGCAUUUGUGGGUUUUUUUUAAUUGUUUUUCCCCCUCGUGUCAGCAGGGAUACUGCUUGUUCUAUCCACUUUAUGACUAUAAAGGGAGUGAAAGGCA